AGUGGUGAAUUGUGUUAUGAAAAAUUUAGAAACAUGAAUUUAAAAGAUACGUGAUUUGCUCGGAACCUUGAAUCUCUCUUCGGUGAGUGAGAUCGUCUCCUUCAACCUCAAGUAGCUGUUCGUUUAAAGAAUUUGAGUGAGAAGCAAUGGGUGCAGGGAGGAAGACAGAGACCUAUACAUUGGCUCCGGAUGGCCAAUACAUAUCAGGAUAUGGAAAUAUGUGUGUGAGAAAUCUGAAGAAGGGAGAUCUUUGUGGGGUUAUAUUUGGAUGCAAGUUCAGCACGAUCAAAGAGUGCUAUGCUAAGAAUUUGUUUGGUUUACCAGCCCCGCACAUGGCUUAUAUCAAGAACAUUGAUCCCGGCUUGACGCUGUUCCUAUUCAACUACAGUGACAGAACACUUCACGGCAUCUUUGAAGCUGCUAGUGAAGGAAAACUGAACAUUGAUUCCAAAGCUUGGUCUCCAAAUGGGACAGAUCCAAGUCCAUAUCCUGCUCAGGUAAAGGUACGAGUCCGAGUGCGGUGUGAGCCCUUGCCUGAAGAAAAGUUCAGCCCCGUAAUUUCUGAGAAUUACAAGGACGAAAAGAUGUUUUGGUUUGAACUAGACCGAGGUCAGACAAACAAGCUGCUCCGUUUGUUUAAACCAUCACCUUCUGUAAGGGCACCAUCGAUAUCAAGAGAUGCUGUACCACCACCCAGAAAGCCUAUUCCGACAUCUUCUCUUGCACAGAUAGGUGACUUGGGAGCAACACGUGUUGAUAAGUGGAGCAAUCUGUUCAAAUCUUCGGAUGAGUCUACCGAAAACAAAGAAAAAGACUCAAAAGAAGGUGCACUCGGAGCAGGUUCAAGAUUAGUCAAUCUUGGAAAAACUAAAGAAUGGGAAACAGCUUCCAAUAAUGCAGAUGAGCGAAGAACUCAACCAUCAGUGUUACAGUCUGGUACAUCUUACUCAUCAGCUCUGAAAAACAUGACCGCUUCUUCAACUCUGGAGAAGAAAACUUCUUUGACAAAUGAAGUUUCAUCUCAAGCAUGUAAAGGUGUUGAAAAUCAUUGGACAUCGGCUUCUCGAGUUCCAUCUUUCCGCCAUGACAGUGGAAGUUUUAGAAAUGCUUCAAAGGAAGGUGACGAUGUCAAAGUGAAUGCUUAUCAUCAUCAACAAAAUCUCCAUCCAACACAAAAGGGAACCUCUACUACAGCUAACAAUAGAAUAGGAACUAGCAUUAGCAAGGAAGAUUCUGCUGAGGAUACAUAUUCAGUCAUCGAUUGGGAUGCAGCAUCUUCCUUUCAAGUCCAUCUGGAUGGACUGAACAAGAUUUUGGAGGAUCCUAAGGAUAAGGACUGUUUCAAGAGCUUUGCGGGUAACACGGGACAAGCUUCUUCAUCUAUGGUGGUGCCUAAUUGUUGGGAGGAUGAGAAGAUUUCCUGGGACUUUGAGGAAAGAAGUAUAGCUAAAUCGCCUUGUGGAUCUUCGUAUGUUUCCGCCGCUACAGGAGACGUGGUUGAUGACAUCGGACGUAUGGAUAAUUUCAAGAUGGAAAUUGGAUCUCCCACUGUUGUGGAUAUAUUGACUGAGCUAUUGUCGGAAGUCAAGGAGUUGAAGCAUACUCAGAUGAAACAAGCUGAGAGGAUGAUUACUUUGGAGAUGGAGCAGCUUGAAUUAAGAAGGGAGAUACUUCGCCUAAAAGGGAGCAAUGGAAGUUUUUAAGCAUAUGGUAACUAGCUACUUCUUUUCUUGUGAACAAAUGCGAAAAAAGGAAGGAUAUGGAAAUGAUUUGACUUAAAGUUCGAAACAGGCUUUAAAGGAAUACUAUUUCCUCUUUUGUUGUCAAUCCUUGACUUGGUAUGUUUCAGUUUCAGUAUGUAUUGCAGAAAAACUGGUAAAUGGCUGGUUUUUUGAACUCACUUCCAUUGUUCUUUGACAUAAAACGGUUUGAUUUUA